GGCAUAUAGAGUUUAUUGUUGCAUAAACUGGUGGUUAGAUAUCAUGGCUUACAAUCAAAAUAAACAAAUGCUGGCUCUAUGCAUAACAUUAACAAUAAUGUUUCUUGGUGUGAGAUCAGAUUUGAAUCAGGACAUAAAAGGGUGUCAGGAUUCCAUGUCUGAUCUCUACUCUUGUCUUCCUUUUGUCACUAACAAAGCUAAAGCUCCAGACUCAACAUGUUGCACAACACUCAAAGAAAAACUAGACAAAGGGCAGACCAAGAGAUGUCUCUGCACUCUUGUCAAAGACAGGGAUGAUCCUGGUUUAGGGUUCAAAGUUGAUGCCAAUCGUGCAAUGAGCCUCCCUUCCACUUGUCAUAUCCCUGCAAAUAUUUCACAAUGCCCAGACCUUCUACAUUUGCCUCCAGAUUCAGUAGCCGCUAAGAUUUUUAAGCAAUUCACUGAAUCGUCCUCUCAGAAUGUUGCACCUAAAGCUGUAUCCACAGGUUCAAGCGUUAAAGGAAGAGAUAAGAAGCAAUAUGGUCUAGUGAUGGCUGGAGCUUUCUCAGUAUGGUACUUAAUGUAAACAUUUGUUAUGAAAGUUAAUAAAUACAACCAAAACCGCUAUGUGAUUCAUAUCUAUCAGUUGUUGGAUGUGCCAUGGGCUUGUUAAUAAAGCAUAUUAUAAAAAUUUUGAAUAUGAUUAAGAUAUUA